AUGGACACACUCCUCGAAUACUCGGAUCUCAAAGGCCCGGCAGAUUUCGCCACGGACGAACUAGAUCAAGCUGGCCUUGACAAAAUUUCUUCGCUUUUAGCAAAGUACAACAAUCGACUUCGAAAUUCGAACGUUGGAAACGCAAUUAUGAACCUCAAAAGUAUCACCGCCAUUUUGGCCACCAUGAGCCUUGCCACGCUCACAUCUGCUCUCCCGAAACUUGAUGCUCGUGCUAUGAAAAAUCUUGGUAUAGCGGCCAGGCAGAACGCAGCAGCUUCCGCCGCUGGCAUCACGGAUGUCGACAUCCUCCAGUUUGCCCUCACACUAGAGAAUCUAGAGGGCGCAUUCUAUGCCCAAGGAUUCAAUCAGUUCCCGGAUUCAAGCUUCAUGGCAAUUGGCAUGAGCCCAACAGAUCUCACAAACCUCAAAUCUGUUGCUACCACGGAAAACACUCAUGUCACUUUCUUGACGACUGCUAUCGCCGGAGCUGGUUUCAAGCCCGUCCAGCCAUGUACCUAUAACUUCGGAUUCACAACCGCGCAGGCUAUGGUUGCUACAGCCGGUACCUUGGAAAACAUUGGUGUUUCCGCAUAUCUCGGCGCAGCACCAUUGGUAUCCAUGCCUACCAUUCUGACCGCGGCUGCAGAGAUUCUUACUGUUGAAGCCCGUCACCAGUCUCUACUUCGAACCCUCAACAAGGCCGCUGCAAUCCCUUCCGCCUUUGACACCCCUCUGGGCGUAAGAUCGGUAUUUUCGUUAGCAGCACCGUUGAUCACUUCUUGCCCGAGCGGCUCGAUGCUUAACGUCACACCUUUCCCGGCUCUUCAGAUGAUGGCUCCGUCCGCCAUGCCCAUGGCAGGUUCGAACACAACGCAAACUCUGAUGACGGCCGGCACCAGAUUGGCUUUAGCUGCAAACGCCACGGGAGCUACCAAUUGUGCAUUUACCAAUGGCGGAUUGCCAGGAGGCUCGGUCUUUACACCUUACACGGGUGGAGCAUGCACAGUUCCUCAGGGGGUUUCUGGCAUUACCUACCUUCAUUUGACUUCUUCUGCUCCAGCGGGGAAUGUGUUGUCUGAUGAUAUUGUUGUGGCCGGCGUACAAGUAAUCAAUGUCUCGUAG